AUGUUUCUCGCUGGAUUAUUCAUCGAUGAACUGGAUUAUUUUGCGCCAAAUGAUAUCGAGACAAAGGAGUUCGAACAACACGUCGUGAACCACGCUAGUAUAUUUGAGGUCCCAACUCCCUUCAUCUCAACCUUCAGGUCCAUGCUUGCACCAAUCCAUAGGGCGAUCCAAAAAAAGGAAGGGGCAAUAAUAACCAUGAUUGACUCGAAAAAGCUACAGACCCAAGUGUACUCUGCUCAGAAGCUUGUCCGCAAGGUUGAAUUUCUCAUCUGGGGAAAGGUUCAUAAAUCUGCCAUAAUAUCAUCGUUUAAAGUCAGUUCGCUUCUUCAGGUAGCAAGUGAGCAUCCCCAUAUUGAGAGCAUUCUGCAGCUCGACGUUAUUAGAACAUAUGAAAAAGCCGGAAGAUCAUUACACCAGGUCCUAGCCAAGGGCCUGGGACAACUUGACCACCAGUCUGGCUUGAUUAUAGGAGAGCUCUUGGCCCGCCUCAAAGUGCCUCAGCAAUAUUUCCAUUCAAUUGGACAAGGAAUAGUGUACUCGUGGCGUUUGAAUACCAAGAAAGGCUCCUGGCAAGAGUUUAUCGGAGGAAUGAACAGUGGUUAUUUGUCGCUGUCUGAGGUCCAUGACCCAGGAACAACCCUGCCUGCCAUCUUGGACCUAAAUGAUCUAGAUCAGCUCGAGCCAUCUUCAGACGAAGACACUGUAACCGACGGGGAAUCAUCGCCAGAUAGUGAUGUUCAGGAGAGUGAUGAUGAUCCACGAGCUGACACGCCUUGUCCCGUAGGACUGCCUACGAGGGCUGCGUUGCCACCUAUCGAGCUCUUUGACGGCCAUAACAGAAGGUGGAUAGCGCAAAAGGAUCGCACAAGGGAAGAAGUUAUAAUUGACGACUCUAGCACCGAAGAUGAGGUUACUGACGAUGUCUUCACAACGGUUGCCUUCUCAGACACCUUGUUCAAUACAAAUACAAUCAAUGACAACACCGGGAGCGUAACUUCAGCGAAUCCUGAGCCGGAGCUCAUAGAGUCUCGUCAUCAACCAGUGGCAGAGGACCAAUUUGCGAGUGACAGAGCGAGAGUCAACCAAAUUUUAAAUUGAUACUGCACCUAAUAAUACCUGCUUAAUGUUCCUAAUCCCGUCUUGUCUCCGAAUAACCGAAGAUCUGAUUAUGCACAAGGCAAAAUAUCAGACGGAGAACAGAAAGGUGGAAGGGCGAAAGAAAAACAGGAGAAGCCGGUGCAUAUUUACUUGUUUUGGGGUAGGGGCUGAACUGAGAAUUGGUCGGUAGGUAGCACACCAACUGGGCUGCUCAAGGCACGGAGGCAAGUUGUACUAUAUUCCCAAGGGCAGCUGGCAUCUCAAUUCUCUAGCUUUUAGCGACGAGGAAAAGCAAUCGAAGAAUCCCGGGGAGAACGACAAUAGUGUAAAGAGAAAUAAUGAAUGAAAAAAGACCUAAAUUGGCAUCAUGAAAAAGCUCCAUUCCCGAACUGUCAUGAACGGCAAUCCCUUUCCCGGUUGGCUAUACAGUUGGAAUUCUAACAUAGGAGUAUCAAAAAGCUUUUUUUCAUUGGAUAUUUCCUUCACAAGGGUACCUGGGACAUGAAAUCG